AUGCGACGCCUGCUCCUGGCGCUGCUCGGCCUGGCGCUGCUCUGCCUGGCGCUGGCCAGCGGGCUGAGACGGGUGGCCCUGGCGCGGCGGCGGUCGCUGCGGCGGUCGCUGCGGGACCGCGGGCAGCUCGCCCGCUUCUGGAAAGCCCACCGGCUCGACAUGCUGCAGUACAGUGAGGACUGCGACGCCUUCAAGGAGGCCAGCGAGCCCCUCAUCAACUACCUGGACAUGGAGUACGUCGGGCAGAUUUCCAUCGGGAACCCGCCCCAGAACUUCACCGUGGUCUUCGACACCGGCUCCUCCAACCUCUGGGUGCCGUCCGCCUACUGCGUCAGCAAAGCCUGCGCGGCGCACACGCGCUACCAGCCCUCGGCGUCCAGCACGUACCAGGCCGUGGGAACCCCCUUCUCCAUCCAGUACGGCACCGGCAGCUUGACCGGCAUCAUCGGGUCCGACCACGUGACCGUCGAGGGUCUCACCGUGCCCAACCAGCAGUUUGCGGAGAGCAUCAGUGAGCCCGGCAAGACCUUCCUGGAGGCCGAGUUCGACGGGAUCCUGGGGCUGGCCUACCCCUCGCUGGCCGUGGACGGGGUCACCCCCGUCUUCGACAACAUGAUGGCUCAGAACCUGGUGGAGCUGCCCAUGUUCUCCGUCUACAUGAGCUCGAACCAAGACUCCCCCGUGGGAGGGGAGCUGCUCUUCGGUGGCUUCGACCCCUCCCGCUUUGUGGGCAACCUGAACUGGGUGCCAGUCACUCAGCAAGGCUACUGGCAAAUCCAGAUCGACAACAUCCAGGUCGGGGGGGUGGUGGUGUUCUGCGCGAGCGGGUGCCAGGCCAUCGUGGACACCGGAACGUCGCUCCUCACAGGUCCUUCCAAGGACAUAAAAGAACUGCAGAAAUACAUUGGUGCCAUGCCUGUGGAUGGAGAGUACAUCGUGGAUUGCAACAACCUGAGCAUAAUGCCCAACGUGACCUUCACCAUCAACGGGGUCCUCUACACGCUCAACGCCCAGGCCUACGUGCUCACGGAGUACGGUGACGGCAUGGCCACCUGCAUCAGCGGCUUCCAGGGCCUCGACAUCGCCCCUCCUGCCGGCCCGUUGUGGAUCUUGGGCGACGUUUUCAUUCGGCAGUUUUACUCCGUCUUUGACCGUGGCAAUAACCGGGUGGGCUUGGCCCCAGCCGUCCCUUAG